UGAGCAAUGAACCAAUCAGAAACCCCAAUCCAAAAUGACGUUUCGUGUGAACUCAUUUUGUAUUCAUAUCCACAAUUCGUAGCGAAAAUUUGUGCGGCAAAUUGUAAAUCGUCGUCAGUGAAGAAGACUUCAUCGUGAAUCAAGAUGGCAAGAACAAAGCAGACUGCUCGAAAAUCCACUGGAGGAAAGGCACCCAGGAAACAGCUUGCAACAAAGGCAGCUAGAAAGAGUGCACCAUCCACAGGUGGCGUUAAGAAGCCACAUAGGUACAGGCCUGGUACAGUAGCUCUCAGAGAAAUUAGGAGAUACCAGAAGUCCACAGAAUUGCUCAUCAGGAAAUUGCCAUUCCAGAGAUUGGUCAGAGAAAUUGCUCAGGACUUCAAGACAGACCUCCGAUUCCAGAGUGCAGCUAUUGGUGCUCUUCAGGAAGCAAGUGAAGCCUACCUCGUAGGAUUGUUUGAAGACACAAACUUGUGUGCCAUCCAUGCUAAACGAGUAACAAUCAUGCCCAAGGACAUACAGUUGGCUAGAAGAAUCCGUGGUGAACGUGCUUAAAGACUCCAUCCAGUUUCAUUUCAUCACUCAUUUCAUGAAAAUUUUAUCUAAAUGAUCAGACAAUUUCUACAGAUCAUGCGCAAGUCGUAAUAGUUGGUCUACCAUAUUGAGUAUGUGCAACUAACUUAUUUUGUGUUUAACGGAUGAUCAACGGAUUGGGAAAAAACAAACAUGAAAUAUACCUCUAGCAUGGACAGAAAUUCACAACAUUGAAUUGUGUAGUUCAACAUCUCAUCAAUUGCAGCAGUUUUUACUUUCCUGGUUUUAAAAUUGGAUUUUAACAGUUGAUCAACGAAGAUAAUUCUUUUAAACAAUCUAUUCUUGCUCUUAACUUUCAGGAUGUAGUAACCAACAAGAUAUUGUAUUUUCAAUUUUGCAAGUGUUCUUGGCAAUCAAAGCAGCAAUGCAAGAUCUUGUUGGUCACUAUCCGACAUUGACUUUUUGUGUUGUAAGUGUUUUUGUAUCGUUUUGGUCAACAAAAUAAAUGUAGUAUAUUUAUUA